AUGCCUUUCACGGAGCAAGAGACCAGGGGUAAGCCUGCCCGAAGCCGAAUUUGUCGAACCAAGACUGGCUGUCGGACGUGCAGGGUACGUCGAGUCAAGUGUGAUGAGGCUAGGCCGGCUUGUCAGCGCUGCGUGUCGACUGGUCGGGUCUGCGAUGGGUAUGGCAUCUGGGGUGGUGGAGGCAAUGCGUACGGAGACCGCCACCGGAGGGAGGAGACUCCUUCGUUCCAGCUGGUGGAGGGUAAACUCCAAAAGUCGUUGCAGCCGACGGUGAUGGCAACAGUGACCGAGCAAUUUUGUGCCGACUGGCUCAUCGGACGCACCUCCAAGAAGAUUGGGGGAGUAUUUCCCUCGGAGUUCUGGUCCAGGCUGGUAGUCCAAGCCACGGCACAAGAGCCGGCAGUGCGUCAUGCUGCCCUGGCGCUGGCGUCAGCUCACCGGGGUGAUACCAUGUCUUGGUCCGAGACUUGCACUGCGCCGGGCUAUCGAAAUGGCGAUGAGAAGUUUACCCUUCAACAGUACAACAAGGCGAUUGCCUGUCUGCAAGGGCGGGCGGUGGAUGACAAGGAUAUUUGUCAGAUAAGAGUCGCCUUCAUCGCGUGCAUGGUGUUUAUCACACUGGAGAUCUUACGGGGACAGUUUCAGACAAGCCGCAUCCAUCUCCAGCAUGGCAAAAUGCUCCUGAAACACAUCCAGAGUCACCGGCAAUCUACAUCAUCGAUUGACAACGAUCUGGUCGAGGCCUUCACGUGCCUGGAGGUCCAAUUCUCCUUGUUCGGGUUUGGACAAGCCUCAGAGCUGCUACUGGAAACGGCUGGUGUCGUCAUUCCACCGAGUCAUGUACCUCGACGAUUUAAUUCACCCAGCGACGCUAAACGAUCCCUGAACAUCAUCCUCCGAAACACUCAAAGGCUUGUGGAGAUGGACCGUCGGCGUGGCGAAUGUGAGGAAGCUGUAAAUUACCAACUGCUUCUACAGUCCCGGUGUGUUGUUGAACGAGACCUUGAACUUUGGAUCGAAGCAUACAAAGCGUCUUUGGCCUACUUGAAGAUCAUUCCGGAGUUUAACCAAAUCGGCGGCUUCAGGUUGCUCAUGAUGUACCACACCAUGGCCACGAUCAUGGUGAUGACCUCCCUCCUUGCGAAUAGUGAAUCUGUCUUCGACAUGCACCUCGAUCGUUUCAUCCACAUCGUCCAGGACGCCAUCCAAAUCCAUCACUCUAUUCGCAAUACCCAUCCCAGCGAAAUAUCAGCUCAAUGCAAUCCGGCGUUUCGUUUCACAGCGGAUAUGGGCUUUAUCCCCCCUCUAUACUACACGGCGCUGAAGUGCCGGGUCCCUCGAAUCAGACGACAAGCGUUGAAACUGCUACGGUCCACGGUCCACCGGGAAGGCGUAUGGGAUGGACUACUUGCAGGGCGCGUUGCAGAGCAAGUCAUCGCUCUUGAGGAAAGGUCUCUUUACCGUGACUCGCCCAUCGAUGACAACUUCGAUGAGCUAAGCCCUCCCCUUCCCGAACAUUUAGUGGUGCCGCCGCCCCCGGAAUCGUGCCGUAUUUCAGACGUUCAAGUCACAUUGCCGGAUCACCCCAGGCAUGAUGCUCUUCUAGUGUGCUGCAAGAGGCUUCCAGAUGGUCUCACAAUUGUGGUCUAUGAAACCAAGCUCCCGGUGGUAGAGAAGCCGUAA